AUGGCUAAAAGGAAUGAUGAUGUGAUUGCUGCUUCCUCAGAAGCUGUUGCUCAUGCCAUGCAGAAUCAGCAUAAUGCUGGAAGAUUGGAAGCUACUGGUGAAGUGAAUACUUGGGUUAUGUUCACGAGGGAGUUCCUGAGGAAGUAUUUUCCCGAAGAUGUCCGGGGAAAGAAAGAUAUGGAGUUCCUUGCGUCGAAACAAGGGAAUUCAACCGUAACUGAGUAUGAUGCUAAGUUUGUGGAACUUGUGAAGUUCUACCCACACUAUAUAGAGGAUACAGAUGUGUUUUUGAAGUGUAUCAAGUUUGAGAGUGAGAUGCGUUCGGAGAUUAAAGGGGCGAUUGGGUAUCAACAGAUUUGUAGGUCUGCGAAGGUGGUGAACAACUGUCGGAUUUAUGAAGAAGUUAGUAUUGCUCAUUCGACUCAUUACAAGUGUCUGAAAGAGAAGAGAUGGGAACCACAUCAUGAUCGCAAGAAGCCUUACGAUGCCCUAGCUAAGAAAGGGAAACAGAAGGUUUCCGACUGGAAGAAGACAAGUGGGGUAGGGACUCCCGCUACUGUCUGA